AAUAAAAUAGAUUUUUUGUAUUUAUUUCAGAAAAAAGCUAAAGUGUGACAUAUUUAUCGUUUUUGUAGCAAUUGUGAUACAUAUUAUACAAAUUAUUACUCUGCUCCGCAAUACAUCAGCAUGAAUAGAAUACUAUUAAAAAUAUUGCAACAGUAAAAAUAAAAAUAUAAAUGUGUGUAUUUACAUAUUGUAUUUUUCAUGCUAUAAAAAUUAUUCAAAUAUCUAUAUUCUACGUACAUAUUACAAUGUAAAUAAAAACAAAAUAUAACACAUUUUUUUUUGUUAUACUAAAAAAUAUAUAAAUGCCUGUAUAGUAUUUUUAUUUUUAUUAAUGGUACAUAGUACAGUACUACUACAUACUAAAAAAAAAUAUUCUCAGAUAUGUUUUUCUUUUUUUCCCAUUUAAUUCUGUUAUUUUAGUUCUGCGCAAGAACGCCACAAUACAACAUGUGAUUAUUUUUCAACAUGCCAUCAUAAGGGCGCGUCAUAUAAAUUUUGAUAAUAAAUUUCAGUAUAGUUUUGAAAGCACAAUAAUUUCCUUUAUUUUUUUCUUCUUUAAAUAUUUUUAAUAAAAAAGAAAAUAAAUUACUUUCAAAUUAAUUAAUGAAAAGUAAUAAAUAGAACAAUAAAUUUUUAAUAAAAAAGCAUACGAAUAAUAAAUAAGAACACACUCCUAUUAAAAUAUCGUAGUGCGGUACGUGAAAUUAAAAUAUUUCAAUCUGAAAGAAAGAAAUUGAAAAAUUAUAAGUAGUAUAAAAACAAAAAACACUCUACAAAACAAAAAAAGGCAGUUUAAGAUAUUUUUAGCUUGAGCUUUAUCACUUAUUGUGAACAUAAAUUGUAAUUAAAAAGUUAAUAAAUAUUUUGUAUAGAAAUACGAACAGAAGAAAACAUUUUAAAAGUUAUAAUUUUUUUCUAAUUAAACUGUUCAUUAUGGGUUUUGACGAUGUUAUUACACAUUUAGGCGAAUUUGGUCGCUAUCAGAAGCGUAUUUACUUUUUAAUAUGUUUACCUGCAAUUUCUUGUGCAUUUCAUAAAUUAGCUGGAGUAUUUUUAUUAGCAAAGCCCGAACAUAGAUGUCUUUUACCAUUUGAAAAUGAUACUAAAACAAUUGAAUAUGAAUUGCCAACAUCAUUAUUAAAUACUUCAUAUCCGUAUGAUAAUUUACUUGGUAAAUAUUCACAAUGUGAAUAUUUUUGGAAUGAAAGUACAAUACAUUGCUCAAAAUGGGUUUAUGAUAAAAGUAAAUAUAAGAAUAGUGCUGUUACAGAAUGGGAUAUGGUAUGUUCACGUUCAUGGUUAACGGCAACAUCCGAUUCAUUAUUUAUGCUUGGUGUAUUAUUAGGUAGUAUUAUAUUUGGUCAAAUGAGUGAUAAAUAUGGAAGAAAACCAAUAUUUUUUGCAUCAUUAGUCAUUCAAUUAAUCUUUGGAAUAUUAGCUGGCAUAGCACCAGAAUAUAUAACAUAUACAAUAUCAAGAAUAAUUAUUGGGGCAACAACGUCAGGAGUUUUUCUAGUUGCAUAUGUAAUAGCGAUGGAAAUGGUUGGUGCAAGUCAUAGAUUAUUUGCUGGCGUUGUUUGUAUGAUGUUCUUUUCCGUCGGUUUUAUGUUAACCGCUGGCUUCGCAUAUUUUAUAACUGAUUGGAGGCAAUUACAAAUUGCAUUAACAUUACCUGGAGCGUUAUUUAUGUGUUACUAUUGGUUUAUACCCGAGUCCGCUCGUUGGCUGCUAUCAAAGGGACAUAAAAAUAAAGCGAAAAAGUUAAUACUCAAAGCAGCCAAAGAAAAUAAAGUUUCAUUGUCUGAUGAGUUACUCGAUAAUCUCUUAGAUGAUGAUACUAACAAAAAGGAAAUAAACGAAAACAAAGAUUCUGUAUUUGAUUUGUUUCGUUAUCCAAAUUUGAGACGGAAGACCCUAUUGAUAUUUUUUGAUUGGUUCGUUAAUAGUGGUACAUAUUAUGGUCUGUCAUGGAAUACUAGCAAUUUAGGUGGUAAUGAUUUAUUGAAUUUUGUAAUAUCUGGUGCUGUUGAAAUUCCAGCUUAUACAUUUUUAUUAUUUACAUUAAAUCGUUGGGGACGUAGAUCAAUUUUAUGUGGUUGUAUGAUAUUUGCUGGUUCAAUGCUUUUAUUAACUGCGUUAGUACCUGAGGACCAAAAUUGGUUAAUAGUACUGUUAGCUAUGUUAGGAAAAUUAGCUAUUACAUCUAGUUACGGUACCGUUUAUAUAUUUUCAGCUGAACAAUUUCCAACUGUUAUACGCAACGUUGGUUUAGGUGCAUCUUCUAUGGUUGCUAGGAUAGGUGGUAUAUUAGCCCCAUAUUUUAAUUUAUUAGGAGAAAUAUGGAAACCAUUUCCAAUGAUAAUUUUUGGAGGAAUGGCAUUUACUGGUGGUUUAUUAUCACUUCUUUUACCAGAAACUCUAAAUAAACCAAUGUUAGAAACUAUAGAAGAAUGUGAAAAUUUCGGAAAAAGAAAAGAAAAAUUAGUACAUGAAAUAGAAAACGCACAAAAUGCUCAAGAAUUAAGUUUAUUAAAUAACUCAAAAAACAAUGUAAAUGAUAAUACUAAAGCCAAUGGUACAUUGCCAAUACAUUCUGAAAAUAAUGCAAAAUAUUAAUUUUUCUCUUAAACAUUAUAAGUAGUAUUUUCUUUUUUUAUUAUAAGAUUCGCAAAAGAAUAUUCUUCUUAUUGUAGUAACUAUUUUAAUAAUAUAUUGUCUAUAUUCAAAUUUUAUAGGUUCAUAGUGACCAAAGUUUAUAUUCUGAAAAGUGGUAGUGCAGAUCAAAAAGUACCCGAGGUGAUAUACAUAACAAUAUAUGAGUUUAUUUAAAAUCGCUUGUUACAACGUGUUUUUCACUGAGUGAAAUGGUAUUUAAAAGACACUUUAAAAUUUUAUUGUAAUUUAUUUUAAUAACUUUGUAUUUAAUACUUAUUGAGUAAUUUACAUACUGCUGCAGUUAUUAGAUUUUUUGAAAGAUAUUCCCAAUAUUUAAAGAUAGUUAGCUAGAAAGUAUCAGAAAGAAUUAUUGAUAUCUAUCAGUAUUAUUGAUAUCUAUCUUGUAAAUAUCAAAGCUAUAUGAAAAUAAAAAAUAACUACGAACUCUUGUAAAGUUUAUUUAAAAAAAUUGUUCGAAGGAGAAAAGACAAUAUCAUUUUAUCUCUUUAUAAUUAAAAAUUGUAAAUUUUGUAUGGAAUAGCAUGUUUACCUAGUGUAAAUGGCCUCCACGACUUUGCUGGCACAUUAGCACUCUUUUGUUGAAAUUUCCCAUGAUUGUUUUGCAUAAAUGUGUUUCAAUUUCGUGAAUACAGCGCUUUGAUACUAUUACCUCAUUCAAGGCGUGGGUGGUCGUGAGUUUUAUCGCUGGAGUUGAUUUUGCUCGAAAAAUCAGCAUCCACUUUUUGUUGUUACAUAAAUCAUUAAACGAACUCUCUUCGCUGUGCGUUGUCAGUAGGCUUCAGUUGUUAAGUCAAUUGAGAAUAUGUUGUUGAUAUAGCUUCUCCAAAUGUCCAAUUCUUGACCACGACGCCGAAUUAAUGUCGCAUUUUAUUUGGCGCAAAAUGGUGUAAAAUUCAAAUCUUGCGUGAAUUUUAGUACACAUUUUACAAAUAAUUUUUUUUGCUACAUCUCCUGUACCGUAACAGAAAUUAUGAAACAUAUGAGUAAUAUUGAAAAAAUUUGGGAACUCAGGUUAUAAGAGCAAAAAUAUCGGCAAGUUUUCGUUAAAAUAGCUGUGUCUCGGAAACUAUUGAGAUUUGGCACACAUACUAUGGAACAAAAGUUUUACCCAUUUUUGAUCUUUUAACCAAUUGUAUAUAUUGUUGUAUGCCUUUUUGAAUCACACUAUAUUUCUUGGUUUAAAUUAAUAAUAAAUCCAAUUUUUAAAUUUUCCAUAAUUUACAAAAUUUGAAUAAUAGAAAUUUAUUUAAGUAGCUGGCAUUUAAAUUAUUUUAAUGUUGUAUCUAAUCAGCGGCGGAUCAACCAUAUAUGCAAAGUAAGCAUUCGCAAUGGGCACCAGAAACAGGGGCGCCAUUGAAAACAUACAAAAUCACUAAAUUUAAAAAAAAUAAAAAUUCCUUUAAAUUUUUUCCAUUAUGUGGUUUUGAAAAUUAGGUUUUCUGUUUACAGCGAAGACAAGUAGAUAACAUCCACAAACAUAGCACAUAUACAAACGUUACAAAACAAAAACCUAAAAUUUUAUUUAUUUUUAUAACUUAUCUUG